AUGCUUAACUAUCACGAACCACAACACCAACAGCAACCACAGCCAAUGCCGCAAUUGAGUAGCUCAAUUGCUAAUACCGACAAUUUCUAUUAUCCACAAACGUCAAACGUGCCCACGCUGACAUUGCAAAAUGCUGGCAACGGUGCCGGUGGCGGCGGCUGCGGUAGUGGCGGUGCCGUUGUUGGUGGUGACCGUAGCAUGACAGCGCCAUCAUCGUUGAAUCAUCUGCACAACCUGACACACCAUAAUGCAUUCGGUGUGCAUAAUUGCAAUGCCAACAACAACAACAACACCAACAACAAUACUUCCAGCAUCAAUUCCAAUACCAUUAAUAUGAGCCCACACCAAGUAGUGGCUGGCGCAGCCACUGGUACAGCGUAUCGACAACAACAGCAACAACAUCACCACCCUCACCUUCACCAGCACGCACAGCAACGCGCACAGCAGCAGCCACAAUCAGAUAGAAUUGCCGUCGGCGGUGAGGUUACUGCUGCUGCCACUACCGAUGCUGGCUGCGGCGGUUCUUGUUCGCCCGAUGAACUUACAAAAAUCGAAGAUAACUAUCCCUUGCACGUUGUCGGCAGUAAGCAUUCUGAAAAUGUGAAACGUUUCUCCGUGAACAACUUGUUAGAAUUGGCCAAUGAUUGCCGCAUUUCGGGCAAAUUGCAGCAUCAGCAGCGACAGGAGAAUUUGGAUGGCACGCAAAUCAACGAUCUAGAUGACAGUUUUCGUAGCAGCAGCGACGAUUAUCCGGACGCGUCCAGCUUAAUGGGCACGCCACACACUCACCAUCCACAGCAGCAGCAUUUACAACAACACCAUACCCAACACCUGCAGAGCCACUCCUCACACAUGUUGCCACAUCAUAACCAACCACAGCAAAUUCACUCGCAACAUUCACAGCAUCCUGCAACAGCGACGGCACCAUCGGCCACGCAACAACUUUCACGCAAGCCGCGUCGUAAUCGCACCACAUUCACCUCUGGCCAAUUGACUGCUUUGGAAAAGGUUUUCGAACGCACCCACUAUCCGGACGCAUUUGUGCGCGAAGAGCUGGCCACCAAAGUGGGACUGAGUGAGGCACGUGUACAGGUUUGGUUUCAAAAUAGACGCGCGAAAUUUCGUCGCAAUGAACGCAGCUCAACGAGUGGCCGCUCGAUAUUGGCGGGCACACCUCAGCCGGUGCCACCCAUCAGCGUCACGCACAAAUUCGAUAAAGGCAUUUCCGGUAGUUGCAGUGCUGGUGGAUUUUUCCAUCAACAAAUUGAAGAUGCGGCCGCAGCAGCCGCCGCUUACACGCUGAGCUUCCCCACACUUGGCAUGUACUCGUCCGCAGCGGUGGCCGCGGCUGCUGCAAAAAAUUAUGCAAAUUCCUAUGGUGCCUUUGGUAGUGCAACAUCGGUGGCAUCCACUGCGAGUGGUCUCAAUGGUGGUGGUGGUGGCGGCUUCUUUGGCUCUUCGAAUUAUUGUGCGCCUGCGACUGGCUAUCAACACAGCUAUGCACCGUUAAGGUAUAAGGCGGCGCAGGGCUUUUCGGCGUUAUAA